AUGGCCGCCAUCAUUGACGAGUAUCUCGACACCACCAUGGAGCAGGAAGAUGUGUUUCCAUGUAAAGGUUGCGGAGAGAUUCUCGAGGAAGGCAAAGCAUACGAGCUUGCCGGUAACCGAUGGCAUCUCGACUGUUUCCGCUGUAACACCUGCCACACGCUCCUCGACUCCGACGCAAACUUGCUCCUCCUCGGCGAUGGCUCGCUCAUUUGCAGCAACUGCACAUACAGUUGCAGCGCCUGUGGCAACAAGAUUGAGGAUCUGGCCAUUCUCACUGGUGACCAGGCUUUCUGUUCCACUUGCUUCCGCUGCCGCAACUGCAAACGCAAGAUUGAAAAUCUGAGAUACGCAAGGACAUCGCUGGGAAUCUUUUGCAUGGGCUGCCACGAAACUAUCAUUGCUAAGAAGCGGAAGAAAUCGAAGGCUGCGGCAUCCGCCAAGAGCAGGGAGAAGGAAUCUCCCAUGAUCACCGAGAAGUCGCUCCCAGCGCUUCCCCCCAACGAGAUCCCCAAAGGCGCUUUCUCCAAUGACAAGGUCGAUCCUGAUUCCGAUACACCAACGGAAAUUUCGCCUAGACCGCGCCAAGGCCAUCGAUCUACUACGUCCGCUUCCCGAGAUAGCUCCCGGCCCGCCAGAUCUCCCGAGCGUUCGGGGAAGACAGAUGGUUUGGGCCUUUCUGGGAAUACCUAUCGAAGCAACAGGAGCUCUACGUUGACGGGCAGCGAUUCAACGGAGAAAGAUGAUGGGUUCUUCAUCCCCGUGGCUCUAGAUCCUAGUCCGGCACCAACUCCAAAUUCGAUCAAUAACGAUAGUACAAAGAGGAAGGAUUAUUUUAAUCUCCCCAAGUCGUCCUUUGCAGACAAGCGGAAUGACUCCCCAUCCUCGACACCCCACAUCGCCUUUCAGAACAAGGGCAGACAGCAGUCUACAGAUCGUGACUUGACAUCAGCUCAAACCCCGACAUCGAAGCUUUCCCAACCCUCGACGUCGAGGUCAGACCAACAAUCGUCUCCUCCGAGUGAAGAUAGACAGCAGAGAGCCGCCCUACGAAAUCAAACCAACUCUGAUGAUAGCAAAGGCCAGACGCCCAAAGGCAGGAAAGCGGCUACUUCUUCCAGCAGCAGUUCUUCAUCAAUUCAUGACGGUGGCGUGGAUGUGAAAGCCAAUCACUCUACCUCACAAUCGGAAGUACGCAAGAAUGGGGAAGCCGGCUUUCCGCCUUCACGAUUCUCCCAAGAUACGAGAAAGCCAGAGGCGGACGACAGGAGAGGGUCAGGAGACUCGAACCCGAAAUCCGGCAGUCGGCCUGAUACUGGGAAACCAGUCACUCGUAAAGAUAGCUCCCCUCCCUCGGCUAGGAAUACUGCACCAACUACAAAGGCUGGCCCGCAACGUAGAGAGUCAGGAAAUGAGGAUGUCCCUCCUCCAAGAGUCCCCCCUCCACGGCUUAAAGCUGCCGACCAAAGCAGUUCCCGAACCGACUAUGCCAGCCCACGGGGUCCACCGCCUUCGUUGGCUGGGAAGCCUGGUGCAGGCUCGAAAGAUGAACAGGGAUCGCCUAAACCGUCUCCAAAGCUUCCUAGAUGGAGUAACGGCGGCGAUUUCACGAUGGACGAGGAUAUGGCCAGAAUACUCGGAACCGAUGAACCUUCCUCCAACAUUCUGCGUCGGGCGUCCAAUGUCGCCAGACACGGCCGUACCAACAGUAUUGACUCGAACCAAACACCAACUCGAGGAACUCACACUCGGAGCAUCAGCGAAACAACCCGGGGUACCGCCUCGCCCCAAUGGCCCAAAGCUCCUCUUCAUGAGGAACGAGGCUGGGCAUCACCCGAUUUGAUGAGCCCGGUGUCGGUCUCGUCGCCCGAUGAUACCACCAUUUUGAGACGUCAAUUGCGGACAUCCGAGCAACGCGUGGCCGAACUUGAGAAGCAGUUCAACACAGAAAAGGAUCUUCAAAAUCUUGACAGGAAAUUACUUGAGAAGAGGAAGACAGUUUCCGUUCUAGACACUCAAACUGAGAUCAUGAUUCGACAGCUCGAGGUGCUCGCCGGCUACGUUGAACGGGCAAAGGAUUCCAAAAAACCGAUCGAUCCUCGUGAAUUAGAAGAUUCAGCUAUCAAGGACUUUGUCCAGAAGCUUGAGGAAGUCAAGAUGGUCCUGGCAGAAAGCAUCGAGCAACUCCACGAGGAGCGAGAUCGUUUGGUGGAAGAAAGAGAUCAAGCGUCAGCUGACAGGGACCAUGCUCUCAUGGAAUUUGAACAGCUUUCUUCGAAGAACGCCCAGUUGGCUGAGAUGAACAAUGAUAUGACGCACCAGCUGCAAGAAAAGUUCAGAAGCCAGGUGGCUGAUGGCAAGUCAAGCAAUGGCCUGGGCAUCUACGGCGAGAACAAGGCAGCAACCGCAUCCUCGAUCAAUCUUGACAAUGCCAGCAUGACGACUGGACACACUCUGGUUGGUGAUGACGAUCAGAUUGUGGAGAACGGCCCUAUAGCGGUACCAAUCCGUAAGGGCCAGGUUAAGAAGUUCAACUGGAAGAAAGGCUCCAAGGGAUUGGCCCAGAACGUCGCCAAGGGUGUUAGAGGUGCUGUGGUUGCAUUCCAAAACGACCGCGGUGAGCGUAUUCAACAAGUUGGGCCCGGGGCCAUGGGUCCAGGGGACAUUGGUAUUCCCUACAACAAUACUAUGGUUCCUCCAGAGCCAUCAACUACGCCUGCGCCAAUGAUGCCGCAGCAAGGCAGGCAACCGAAGCAUCCCCAACAAGGAUUCGGUUUCUUCAGCAAGAAGGCAUCCGCUGUUCCAAAGUCAGCCUCUGCCAACAGCGUGCCAGCGGCCGUUACCCCCGAGGCUCCUUCGACGCUUUUUGGUUCCGAUUUGUCUGAGCGAGCUGAUUGGGAGCGUCGUCAGAUACCCAGCGUGGUGACUCGCUGCAUCGAAGAGGUUGAGCUCAGGGGUGUGGACCAAGAGGGCAUCUAUCGAAAGACGGGAGGCAACUCCCAAGUCAACAUGAUCAAGGAUGGGUUCGAGAGGAGCGAGAACUUUGAUAUUUCAGAUCCAGAUUGGGAUAUCACAGCCGUCACCAGUGUUUUGAAACAAUACUUCAGGAAGUUGCCAAUCCCGCUUCUCACUUUUGAAGUAUAUGACAGAAUUCUGGAAUCAACUUCAAUUGUUGACCCAUCAGAGCGUUGCGAACACUUGCGCCGGACUAUUGCUUCCAUGCCUGAAAAGCACCGUGACUGUCUUGAGUUCCUCAUGUUCCAUCUUGAUCGUGUUGCUCAACGCCAGUCUGAAAACUUGAUGACUCCCAAGAACUUGGCUGUUGUCUUUGCUCCCACCAUCAUGUUCGAUCGCAGUAUCGAGAGAGAGAUGACAGACAUGCACUCCAAGAACCUCGCAGUGCAGUUCAUCAUUGAGAAUAGCCGCAACAUCUUUGUUGAUUAG